AUGGGCGAUGCGGGCGAUGUGAAUCAGAGGCUCUUGGCAACGUCUACCGCCUCGGUGGAGGGUGUAAAGGCGAGUGAGCGGUGGCUGCUGGGGGCCAAGAGGCGCGGGGGCGACGCUGCCCCAAAAAAGGCGCGCAAAAAGCCAAGGACGGAGGGGCACGCACACGGCGAGGCAAGCGUGGGCGAAGAGCCAACGGAAAACGAUGGCGGGGGUGGGGCUCGUGGCGACAACAGCAAAAUAACUGUGCGUCAUGACGUCUCCGCCACGGAGGCGCUGGUGCAUCGGCUGAUGACGUACGUCUUUGAGAAGUGCCUCGGUGGCCGUCACAACGCCUCUCACAACGAAGGAGCAGAUUUUGAACCACCACCGCGUGCCGUUCUUCUUGCCGAGAGCUCCACCAUUCGCCCAGCGGCGGCCUUUGCGAUUCACCAUGCGGUGUACGGCAGCAACAGCACGACGCAGAGUGAAAGGGUGGUGGAGGCGAUUCUGCAGCAUCGGAAGCAGCUGCGUGUGUGCAGCUACGAUAGGGAUCUUGUCGGUGGCUUUCUUGACGGUAAGCCGCUCCACACGAGACGGCACCUACUCGCGUUGGUCGUUAAGGGUCUUAGAGGCGAACGCAUGAGUGAACUGCCGCAGACCCACAGCGUUGUUGAGGCAACACAGAAGAAGAAGCAGGAUGCAGUCGUGUUGUUCAGUGAUGCGAAGGGAAAAAGCCUCAGCAGCUUUCUGCAGGACUCAUCUCCCUCUUCCUCUGAUGCUGAGGAGGAUGACUGA